GCUCGAUCAGACCUGUGCAGCCAUGACGCUGCUCCAGGUGGCUCGCUCAGGCCGCAGGGGCCUUGCCGGCCUCAGCAAGACGCUGGGAUCGAGCUCCCGGGCGUUUGCCAGCCAGUUCUCCAGCAAUGAGGAAGACUACAGCAGGUUCUCGGGCGACGCCGCCCGCAAGCACGUCACGUGGCCGCGGGUGCUCAACUCGGGGCUGGCUGAGGUGGACCCGGAGCUGUACGACAUCAUUGAGCACGAGAAGAACAGGCAGUACAAGGGGCUGGAGCUCAUCCCCUCUGAGAACUUUGUGUCGGCCAGCGUGAUGGAGGCUGUGGGGUCGGUCAUGACAAACAAGUAUAGCGAGGGCUACCCAGGCGCCCGCUACUACGGCGGCAACGAAUUCAUCGACCAAGCAGAGCGCCUGUGCCAGAAGCGGGCCCUGGAGGCGUUCCGCCUCGACCCAGCCAAGUGGGGGGUCAACGUGCAGAGCCUGUCGGGCUCGCCCUCCAACUUCCAGGUGUACACCGCCCUGCUCAAGCCUCACGACCGCAUCAUGGCGCUGGACCUGCCGCACGGCGGCCACCUGUCCCACGGCUACCAGACAGACACCAAGAAGAUCUCCGCCACCUCCAUCUUCUUCGAGACCAUGCCGUACCGCCUGGACGAGUCCACCGGCAUCAUCGACUACGACAUGAUGGAGAAGACAGCCACGCUGUUCAGGCCCAAGCUGAUCGUUGCGGGUGCCUCUGCCUACACCCGCCACUACGACUACCCCCGCAUGCGGGCGGUGGCGGGUGAGCCCAGCUGGCGGCCGGCCGGUGCAGCACUGGUAUUUGGCUCUGGGCAGCGGCAGCGUUGGGCAGUGCCAGCACACGUCGUGACCACCACCACCCACAAGAGCCUGCGGGGUCCGCGCGGCGCCAUGAUCUUCUACCGCAAGGGCCAGAAGGGCACCGACAAGAAGGGCAACCCCAUCAUGUACGACCUGGAGACCCCCAUCAACUUUGCCGUCUUCCCGGGGCUGCAGGCAAGCGCGGGGCGCGGCGGCCCCCACAACCACACCAUCUCUGGCCUGGCCUGCGCUCUCAAGCAGGCGACCACACCCGAGUUCAAGGCGUACCAGGAGCAGGUGCUGCGCAACAGCCAGGCGCUGGCCAAGGGCCUGCAGCAGCGCGGCUUUGCCCUCGUGUCGGGCGGCACCGACAACCACAUCGUGCUGGCAGACCUGCGGCCCAAGGGCGUGGACGGCUCCCGCGUGGAGCGUGUGCUGGAGCUGGCCCACAUUGCAGCAAACAAGAACACCGUGCCAGGCGACGUGAGCGCCAUGGUGCCCGGCGGCCUGCGCAUGGGCUCCCCCGCCCUCACCUCCCGCGGCUUCAUCGAGCCCGACUUUGAGCAGGUGGCGCAGUUUGUGGACAGGGCGGUGCAGAUUGCCGCCGACCUCAAGAAGAGCAGCGGGCCCAAGCUCAAGGACUUCCGGGAGGCGCUGGAGAAGGAGGAGCCCGUCGCGCUGGGCGCGCUGCGGCGGGAGGUCGAGGACUUUGCCAAGCAGUUCCCCACGGUGGGCUUUGAGAAGGCAACCAUGCGGUAUAAGGACUGAGCCGGUGGUACCGCAGCAUGCGGCACAAGGCCUGAGCAGCCGGAUGCGGGAGCCCCUUCUGGAGGGCAGCGCCCCGGGCCCCUGCACGGGACGGCUUGCCUCAGAGCAGCAGCAGCAGCAGCAGCAGCAUGCGCCGGUGCGGACAGCCCGGCUUGCAUCGCGGAGAGACACGCACCCCACACCACAUCAGCACACACAUUUAUUGGGCACGCCCACGCUGGCACGGCCUGUGCGUCCGAGCCGCCCGCCUCAUCUCGCCCUGCACCACUUUUUGCCCCACUUGUCCAUUUGAUUUCCUUGGAUUUUUAUCCCAAUCCCGGAAACCGCCCAUCAGCACACAGGUCGAGCAGUCUCGGGGCCCGGCAGCGGCGCAUGGCGGCGGCCAGAAGGCUGCCGGGCUGCGCCCCCGCCGGCCCCUGCCGGCCAACCACCCAACGCCAUGUCCCCUCACCACACCCCACGUGUUAUGCAUCCAUGUUGCUAUUUCGGUCAAGAAAGACACCUGUCGGCCCCCAUGCCGUUUGGGCCUCCGCUGGCACCAUGUAAUGCAUGCAAGGGUU